CGCAGCCUCCAUUCUUCCGGCGACUCCACUCCCAUUACUUAUGGCCUUAUCUAAGCCUUCCACCUCCGCCGCUACCUCAUCGACGUCUUCAACCGUCGCUGCUGCCGCAUCCUCGUCGGCUUGGUCGUGUCUACCACCGACACGUACAAUUGUUCCGUCGAAGCCUACCACAACCGCUGUGAAAACUCGUUGGGGGAAAAGACGAGGCGAUACCAAAUUGCUCGUCGUUGAUUGCUCGUCGCCAACUAUAAUCGCCGGAUACGUCGCAGCCAAUAACACUGACGACCAUCGCACACCACAUAUUCGUUUUAGGUGCGAUUUUCCUUAUCCUUUCCUGCUUUCGUUCAACUGUGCCUGCUGUCGAUUUCCUUUUCCCCCUGAUUUUAGUUGA